GUUCCCGGAAAAAUUGCAAACCGGAAGGGAAGGCCAGAGCCCAAGAAGAAGAAGAAGACAGCAGCAGCCGAUGAGACCAGCGAAAGAAGAAAAAGUAUUCUCCCACUGGUGAGGUCUCCUUCCUCUGGCUUGUCUACCUGCCUGAACUGAACCUACUCUGGUCUGACUUACCCAGCCCUCACCUGCCCCUGUAACAAACCCCAAGCCUAACAGUCCGCUAGACUCCCCCCCCCUCUUCUCUUGGUGUCAUUGUCAUCGUCUUAUUCCUCCCAGUCUUGAACACUGCACUAUGGCCGGGCGAGGCGGAGCAGCACGGACCAACGGCACUGCAGCAAGCAGCAAGAUCUGCCAGUUUAAGCUUGUGCUGUUGGGGGAAUCGGCAGUGGGAAAGUCCAGCUUGGUGCUGCGCUUUGUCAAAGGCCAGUUCCAUGAGUACCAGGAGAGCACCAUCGGAGCUGCCUUCCUCACACAGACAGUAUGUUUGGAUGAUACAACAGUCAAGUUUGAGAUCUGGGACACUGCAGGACAGGAACGGUAUCACAGCUUGGCACCCAUGUACUACAGGGGAGCCCAGGCCGCCAUCGUGGUCUACGACAUCACCAACACAGACACAUUCACACGUGCAAAGAACUGGGUGAAAGAGCUUCAGCGACAAGCCAGCCCCAACAUCGUUAUUGCACUGGCAGGAAACAAAGCAGACCUGGCCAAUAAGAGAGCUGUAGAUUUUCAGGAAGCACAAGCGUACGCAGAUGACAACAGUUUGCUCUUCAUGGAGACUUCUGCUAAGACUGCUAUGAAUGUUAAUGAGAUUUUUAUGGCUAUAGCCAAGAAGCUUCCUAAGAAUGAGCCUCAGGGAGGAGCAGGUCCUGGUGGACGAGCCCGGGGUGGCGUGGACCUACAGGAAGCUGCACCACAGGGCAGAAGUGGCCAGUGCUGUGGGGGCGGGAACUAACUAACAAAACAAAAACACAUCAUUGAGUCAGCUGAUCCAACCAAUCUACAGCUUCGAUCAACCAGACCAGAUAUCAGCCAGCUGUCAAACAACGUCCCAUCGGUCAAACCAAAUCAUGGUCGGACCAACAACCCUGCGAGCACCAAUAAACUGUUUGGAAAACGAGUCCACUGGCCAGUAACCUGUCAGAGCCCUACUGACGGUUCCAGCUGAAGAACCAACAAACAGCGCAAGAAAUUAAUUCACAGAAUCAUGUAUUAACCCCAGGGAUCCCCCAUCCAUGAGCUCUCUAAUGAUGAUGAACACUUGACAUCACCUUGGGGGGAAAAAGUCCCAUUUACAGAAGGAUAAAGAUUAGUCAUUACAAACGGCACUUACUAGGGCCAUCUUUCUCUCUAUCUCUUUUUUGUUUUUGUUUUGUUUCUGUAUUUGUGUAAAGAAAGUGACACAAUCAGAAGGAAAAUAAACAGGCUGAAUGGCCUUUCUCUUCUCCCCCUGCUCUCCCCAUUGCACCAGAAAUGUCUAAAUGACCGUCAUGGUGUCAUGACUCCUCAUCAAGUCCAGGUGCAUGCAGCAGUCCCUCAGUGUCCCAUCAUAUUCCUGGUCAGCUUUCUGGAAGAGAGCUGAAGAGGGCUCUGAGCAGCAGCCGAACGGGGACCUGCAGAAAUUCGCUUCUCAAUAAAGCUGUGUAGAGUGAAAUCUUACAUUAUUAUCACUAUUAUUCUUACUUUGACUUCUUUUGACACAGGCUGUUCAGUAUGAUUUUAAAGCCUCGACUUAAAGGUUUUACAAUCAUCUAUCUAUGUUAUCAACCAUAUACAGUGAAUAGUACUUUAUUAACAUUUUCACUCAUAAGUAAUUUUAGCAUUAAUGUAAUGUUUUUCAAUCAUCAAUGUAAAUUGACAAAAAACAUGAAGCAAGAUUUGUUUUCUUGACCAAAAUCACAACUGUAUAUUGACAACAUUGCUGUAUUUGUAUCAGACUUUUCAAGUUAUAAUCAGCCAGUAGUUACUGUCUAAACAAUAUCUUCCCAAUCUCUACAUGAUGUUUUGUUAACCUUAAUUAUUACGUGAUGGAUUUUUUUUAUGUCUUAACUUUUUUCUGAAGAUCUAUGGUAUUAAAUGCACUGGUUCUGUCUCA